UUAGGCUCCUCGCCCAGGCGUCGUCGGCGAGCGCCUCGCACGCGCCCUCGGCGAGCUCGCCGAGCAACACGUCGCCGAACCGCUCGCGCCGCAGGCCGACGACGGGCGCGCCGACGUUGGCGAGCAUCCGCCGCACCAUGCGGUGUUUUCCCUCGCGCACGACGAGUCUCACCGUGACGCGGUCGUCGUCGGCGACCCGCGCCUCCAGCACGUCGCCGACGUGUACUCCGAGCGUCGUCUGCACGCCGGCCGCGAGGCGGUCGCGCAGGAACGCCUCCGGCGUCCGCGCGAGCGCGGCGUCGGCGCCGGCGGCGACCUCGCACGUGGCCACGUACUCCUUCUCGACGGCCGCCCGCGGCGAGAGCAGCUUGUGCGUGAGGGCGCCGUCGGACGAGAAGAGGAGGAGGCCCGACGUGUCCGCGUCGAGGCGGCCCACGGGGUGCGCCUUGCGCGGCGCCACGGCCGCGAGGUCGGGCCGGCCGCGGUCGUCGCUCAGCGUGCUGUGCACCCCAAUGGGCUUGUGGUACACCCAGAGCAGCGGCAGCGGUUCAACUAGAACGUCGUCGACCGUCACGCGCGCGUCCGCGGGGACCUUCGCCGCGGCUCGCUUCGCGACGACGCCGUCGACGGCGACGCGCCCCUGCUUGACGAGCUGGCUGCAGGCGGCGCGGCUCGCGGCGACGGAUGCGUCGUUGAGGAACUUGUCCAGGCGUACGCUGCUGCUCGUCGAGAGCGCUCUCGCUGUAGUUGUCGCGCAUGCGACGAGGAGCAGGCGCAUAUGGGCUUGGGCUCUGUGUACAAUGGCUAAGACAUCGUUGAACUUUGUUUGCGGCGUUGCUGCUGUGAUAUCUCAAUGCCUAAUACUGUCAUACGCUGCACACAGCGUCUCGGGGCCAUAUUUUUGGUAG